AUGGCAUCAGUCGACAUUCCAAAGAAAUACAAGGCGGUCAUCUACGAUGAGCCUGGCAAGGUCUCGACCAAGGUCGUCGAGCUCGACACCCCAGAGCCUGGACCAGGCGAGGUUCUCAUCAACUUGACGCAUUCAGGCGUCUGCCAUUCGGAUCUUGGUGUUAUGACAAAUCGAUGGGCUGGCCUCCCUUUCCCAACUCAGCCAGGUCAAGUUGGAGGCCAUGAGGGCAUUGGCAAAGUUGUGAAACUUGGCCCUGGUACCGAAACAAGUGUGAUCAAAGUCGGCAGUCGCCUUGUCUCUCCGGCCAAACAGAAAGUCUCAGGCUACUACACACCUGGCACUUUUCAGCAGUACGUGCUAGGCCCUGCUAGCUAUGUUACCCCUAUCCCCGAAUCUCUACCAAGCGAUGCUGCCGCUCCUAUGCUGUGUGCUGGCGUUACAGUCUACAGCGCUCUGAGGAAAUCUGGAGCCAAAGCUGGUGAUUGGGUCGUCUUACUUGGCGCAGGUGGUGGUCUAGGUCAUCUCGCCACACAGAUUGCUUCGCGAGGCAUGGGAAUGCGAGUGAUCGGCAUUGAUGCGGGGAGCAAGAAAGAGCUGGCAACUGAAUGCGGAGCGGAAGUCUUCGUUGACCACACGCAAGGAAACGCCGAAGAGGAAGUGAAAAAGGCUACGGGUGGCCUUGGUGCUCAGGCUGUUCUCGUACUCACAGCAGCAAACGCUGCUUAUGCCUCCGCUAUGGGCAUGCUCAAGUUUGGCGGUACAUGUGUCUGCGUCGGUUUACCUGAGGGUGAACUCAAGCCCAUCGCCACAGCUUUUCCUCAGUUCUUGGUUGCUAGGGCCCAAAAAAUAAUCGGUGUUGCCGUGGGGGAUCGUAGAGACGCGAUUGAGGCGCUCGAGUUUGCGGAGCGUGGACUUGUCAAGACCCAUUUCCGCACUGCCAAGAUGGAGGAACUAACGGCGAUAUUUGAGGAAAUGGACAAGGGCGAACUGAAAGGUCGGGUCGUACUUGAUUUACAGUAG